AUGAUCCUGUCCUAUAUCCUGCAUGGUCAUCUCCCGUACUAUUCCCCAAACCCCCCGCAUCCGGACCCUCUGCUCCACGGCAAACUGAAAGACUCCCCCGAACUCCUCGACGCCGAUGUCAACGCUUUGACGGAUCACUUUGCCGCCUCUCGACUCUCUUAUUCCACUCAAGCCCUCCCUGUAAAUGUCCUCCUCGAUACGCUCGUCCGUCCUAGUGUCGAUGUGGACGAGACAGAAAGCACUACCAAUGUUGAAUGGCGUUAUGCGCCGGAAAAGGCCGUUCCGCACCUGGUGUUUGGUAAUGCACCACAGCCUGGCGGUCAGUGGACUGACAACCCAAUGCCGUCGAGCUGGGAUAUCCAGACCUUGAGCUAUGCAACUAUGCUAUCCCUUCCGGGAUAUCCCUAUGCAGAGCACUACCGCAAGGUUACUGGGAAGGACCUUCCUGCAUAUACCCGACCCAGCCGAUUGGAGAUUGCAGACUAUUUUCGUGCAUACCCCGAGGCAGUGAAAAUUGACGACGCGUUCCGGUCUCAUGAGACCUUGGCUAACAUCUCCAGAACGGAGCGUGGAUUCUACAUCCAAUCUCAUAACAUCUAUUGCAAACAUCUGGUCCUGGCAAGCGGGAUCUUCUCUGAGGUAUUAAGACCUCUUCCAAUGCUUUCCCCUUUAUUGUCGCUUCAACCGACGCCAGAUGUUCCCUUCCUUGUCAUUGGGUCUGGAUUUUCAGCCGCAGAUGUUAUGAUCUCAGCACCGAAAGAUCAGAAAAUCUUGCAUGUUUUCAAGUGGGAUCCGGAAGGUCGACCAUCCCCUUUGCGCGGCUGUCAUCAGCAAGCGUACCCUGAGUAUGCUGGUGUAUACAGACUGAUGAAGCGGGCAGCGUCGGCCACGCAGCCGACCACCACAAAACGUUCCAAAAACAGAAGAGUGACGUCUACACCUUUUCUAGAAAGCAGAAACUGGGGCGAGGUCUAUGAAGGACUCCCUAAUAUAGAGAUCAUACACGUCGAACCGCAAGGCGAUAUGGCUACAGUAACAUUUCGCCAGCCCGAUGGGACAAUCUUGUCUCAUCAAGUUCGUGGCUUGGUUUAUGCUACUGGUAGACGAGGCACACUGGGCUAUCUCGAUAAUCCCUUGCUCUCAGAAGUACUUGGUUACGAUGUCGGGACUGAGAUAGAUCCCGCCAUCUCUAGCCAAACUCUACGUGGGAAGGCAUUUGAGAACAUGGAGGUUGCCCGAGAUGUCUUCAUCAUUGGUAGCCUCACGGGUGACUCCCUCAUUCGUUUCUCCCACGGAGGCUGCAUCCAGACCGCGGGCAGAUUGAUUCGCGCGUACGCCGGCGAAGAUGAGACGGGUAGCACAUGCAGCAGUUCUUUCACUGCUUCCAGGUCUAUUGGACCUUCUCUUCCUGUUAUGAAUGGGAUUGAUGGCCACGACGUUUAUGCUAACGGGAACAAGCAUCGCCGACUAGAAACUAGCGAUGUUCCUAGCACCUCUAGGACUGAGAACCUUGGCCUGGUCGAAUGGCUGAGGUCGUUAGUGCGGAUGUGGCAAUGA